AUGGCGGAACAAAUUGAAUGGGAGUCUUUGGCGCUUAGCUUGCUCAAUUUACUAGAUACAUGUGAGAUAGAUUCUGAAGAACUAACAUAUCCUAUCGCAGCCAAUAUUGAAUUACGAUUAGAAGAUAUCGAAGCAAGUCAGCCCGAUUCAAGAACACUUACACAACCUCCUGCAGAUUACAUGGAUCUCAGGGAGGCUAGCAGAGAUAACAGAAAAGCACCAAGUGCCGCUCCAGGUGCUGAUUACGCGCCUCUUUAUCAAUUAACACACUCCUGGGAAGUUCCAAGAGAUCACGUGACCAUAGAAAAGAUCAUUGGUAAAGGUUCUUUUGGUCAGGUUGCCAAAGGAACAGCAGGCCGUCUUCCCGUGAAGUGGACUGCUUAUGAGGCCUUGUUGUACGGAAAAUAUACCACCAAAAGUGAUGUUUGGAGUUAUGGAGUUGUGCUUUACGAGAUUUUUACCAUAGGUGGUUCACCUUACCCAAAAAUGGAUGGAAGAAAAAUUGCAAACUUACUUCAGGAGGGAUAUAGGAUGCCUAAACCACAACACGUCGAUGAAAAAUUGUAUCAGGUAAUGAUGAAAUGCUGGAAAAAUGACUCGGAAACAAGACCAACAUUCACUGAAUUGAAAAAUCAGCUCAAGGACAUGGAAACCCAACAUAAGAGGCUAAUCAACAUGAGUAUGUACGACAAGCAAUUGUAUGCAAACGUCGAGGAUUUAACAGUGUAGUUUGAUGCACGUCCACGGUGUAAGAUCGGCUAACGAUUUGAACACUUUGCCGCAACAAGUUUCAGGGACUAAUCAUCUUUGCAUUGAACGAUUACGUUGUCCUUUUUAUAUUCUUAAACGGUAAACCGCUAUUAUGUUUUUUCAGUCGUUUUACCGAUAAAGUAUACUCUCGUAUUUCCCGUUAACUUGUUAAGAACUUACACGUAUGCUCGACUUAAUUAAGCAUUUGUGAUCGGUUUAUUUCAAGCUAAAUUCCGAAAAGCAGGAAAGCGUUCUGACAUCAGAUGACGCGUUUUGUUAUCUUUGUACCGUAACCGUACCUUCCAAGAAAGAAUCGUAUUUACCAAAUUGAUCUCGCUCGGAAGGCCUUAGUUGUGUAAAUUUGUUAGUUAAUUUUAAGAAACUGUUUUGCCGCGACACCCACCUGCCUGGAGGAAAGCUAUCAUGCGCAUAAUAUUGCUUUGCUAAGGCUAUAUUUGUUUGUGAUACCCACUCUAAAUACUUUUACACUGAAAUUAUUAGAAGUAUUAGUAAAAUGAGCAGAAUUCUUUUUAAAACUAUUUAUGCCUCUUGCUCGCUUGCUUAUAACCAAGUGUUUUACACUGUGCAUAGCUAGGGGUGAGCUCGAUUUGCUGGGAGAAUUAAACGGACAACCUUUAUUUGCCGUAAUUUUGCCACUCAGUUGAGUGGCCGUUUAUUUUUAAUACCAAAUCAAGUUACAGUAAAACCGGAAAUACAAACCUAAUCCCAGCAAAGGUGAGGGCAAACGCGCAAAAUCCCUGAUCGACCCGAGAGACAGGGCCGCCCCACUGGAAGCCCAAGCAAUGCACAGUGCCUGAAUAAAAACUCCUGUAACAACCCAACGUGAUUAAACUGGCAAGUAA